AUGGUUCUCCUUUGGCUCGCGCUACUCUCUGCGUGUGUACACGCUUCUUGGCACGGCGUUUCUCCCGAUUUAGAGCGCAAACUUAUUGCUGUCUCUAGUUUCACAUGCGAUAAUGGGCAACAACGGCUCGACAUCUCUCGCUUGAACGACAAUUACUGUGAUUGUGUAGAUGGAAGCGAUGAGCCUGGAACAUCGGCGUGCUCGCACACGUCUGCAGUUUUUCACUGUGUAAACGCUGGCUUUUUCUCGAUGGAUAUUCCGACUUCAAUAGUGAACGACGGUAUUUGUGACUGUUGUGAUGGAUCAGACGAGUAUGCAAGUGGAGUGUCGUGUCCCCAUGACUGCGUACAGAAAAUGGAGGCUUUUAAAUUGGACAAGAUGGAUGUGAUCGAACAGAUUGAAGCUGGUUUAUCCGACCGCGUUGUGCUUGUUAAAGAAGCGCAAAAACUUUUAAAGGAAGAGCUAGAGAAGCUUAAGACGCUCGAAACGUCCGUCGAGUCGUUGAAGAUUAUGGUUGAGCAGUUACAAGCGAGAAAGAUAGAGGACGAGCGACUGGAGAACGACGAGAAGGCAAAGCGUGUAUUAGACAGUCGAGAAACAAUUUUGUCGGAACUGGGACUCUUAGAGCUGACUCAAGAACAACUUUUGUCAGUGAUAUUGGAAAUUGGACGCACAGGUCUAUCGAACAAAAAUGAUCUUUUGCCAAUUAUUCGAAAAGAACGCGAGGCAGCAGUAACAAAUGAAGACAAUUUGCCGAACACUGUGAUGGAUGACAAGCACGAGGCUUUUUUGGCACGAGACAAAGUGCAUCAAGCAGAGACGCAUAAUACUGAAGAGUCGACGGAUGAGCAUGAGACCGAGGGAACUGAGAAGAAGGACGAUGAGAACGAAGCUGAGAAGGAAGAUGAGAAGGAAGAUGAGAAGGAAGAUGAGGAAGAGCUGACACAGCCAGAAGUGGAGAUGCACCCAAUCGAUGUUCUAUACGCAGAGCUGGCAGCAAGUGAGCAAUUUGAAGGGGCUGAUGCGAUUUUUACUCGGAAAGAGUUGGAUAAGACUGUGACGGAACUCAAAGAAGAAGAGAGAAAAUUUAAUGGAACGCUGCAAGUGCUGAAAAAGAAUUAUGGUGACAAUAUUGUGUUCUUUGCUCUGCGAAAUAAGUGUGUAGAAACGAUGGCGGGACAAUACAAGUACAAGAUUUGCUUGUAUGGACAAGCCACGCAAGAUAACACGAGAUUAGGAACUAUGGACGAUCUUAUAUCCGAGAGCGAAGAGAGUGAAGCGGGUUCUCGUGAAAAGUAUUUAAAAUUCUUGAACGGAGACAAGUGCUGGAACGGCCCGAAACGAUCGAUAACAGUGGAGCUACAGUGUGGCCCGGAGCCGAUGGAGUUGUUUGAAAUUGAAGAACCAAGUACUUGUGUCUAUACGGCAAAGUUACGCACGCCUGCAGUAUGCAAUGAAGAAGACCGUGAACGAAUCAUGUCAACGAAUAGCGCAGUGGUAGUACCUCAUCACAUCGAAAUUGAGGUUCCACCAACUUUAAUCUAA